AUGGAGACCCUCACGGCCCAAGAUGUAUCGUCAUCGUCCCGGUCAUCCCCUCCGGGUCGCCCUACCUCUCCCCGUGCGACCACCACAUCCUUCUCUUUCCCUUCCAGCUCCGCGACCUCGUCCGGCUCUCCUCCCGGCCCGCCGGGACACACCCUCCGUCGCUCAACAACCAUAGACGAGGCCUCGCGGCUCCGUGGCGGAGCCUCCUUCGCCUCCCCCUCUCCAUCCGAGCACCUCGACUCGCCCCCGAUUGGCCUCCGACGGCGCAGCUCGACCUUCUCCGACUUCAGCAUAUCCGAAGCUCGGCGAUCAAUGCGAGAUGGCACCCAGGACAUCCUGAACCCAAGUGGGGCGAAACAUGACAUGGGCCAGGAUGGCUCAGGUGCCCUGGCCAACUUGCCUAUCGCUUUUGCACUGCUGCCAGCACUGGUUGGAGUGCUUUUUGAGGGUGGCAGCCAGCUUAUCACCGAUAUCAUGCUGUUGGGCCUGGUAUUCGUCUUUCUCCGAUAUACCGUCACACAGCCAUGGCAAUGGUAUCACUCGGCCCAGGAGCUACGCAUCAGGCAGGAAGUUGGGCUGGAGCACGUGUCUGAGGAUGGGAGCGAGCUGGACAUGGCGCCGAGCAAGAGGGCGUCUAUUGUGACGCUGGACGAUGUGCCCGAAGAGAAUCUCGAGGACGACCAACAACCCUCUCAGCCGAAACACGAAGACUCUGAGACGCGGAGGAAACUGGAGGGAAAAUCACCCGCGGGACAGUCCAGUCGCACCAGGUCCCAGGAAGCAGCCGUUAACGAGCUUUACGUCCACGAAGUCCUCGCUCUGUUGGCUUGCUUCCUUAGCCCUGUCAUCGGCGCGUACCUUCUCCAUGCUAUUCGGAACCAGCUUAGCCGGCCCUCUGAAGGACUCCUUACCAACUUCAAUAUCUCAGUGUUUCUCCUCGCAGCUGAGCUCCGCCCUCUGUCCCACGCUCUCAAGCUCAUCCAGGCUCGCACCCUGCACCUUCAAAGAAUAGUCAGGCUCACGCCCACCCCGCCUUCGACGACAGCACAGCUCGAGGAAAUGCGUCUCCGCCUCGCGCAGCUUGAGCUCCGCGCGGAAGCAGCGGAGGCGGUGACUGCACAAACACUCGAGAUCUCAGCUCAGCGGCAGCAACAGCAGCAGCAGAACAGCGGGUUGAAGCAAGGGCCGGCACUUGUCAGAGAAGUACGGAAUGCGAUCCAGCCCGAACUGGACGCCUUGAAUCGUGCGGUCCGGCGGUACGAGAAGAAGGCCACAGUAUUGGCCUUGCAGACGGAGUCGCGACUGGGCGCUGUCGACACCCGGCUGAGCGAUGCGAUAGCACUGGCGGCGGCGGCUGCAAAGCAGAGCAACCAGGCACAGUGGAGCUUCACCGCGCUUUUGAGAUGGUGUGCUGAGUCUCUGGUGUCUUUCGUCUUGAUCCCUUACCAUGUGAAUUUCGUCGACGACCUACAGAUGUUCGUCUGCCAUGAACUGGACGCCGUCGCGACUACCAGCAACAUCGGGUAA